AUGUUGAUUGCACUCUGUCCUGAAUAUGUGCGUGCUUCAUGCUUAAAUGGUUUCAAUUUUCGCACACAGUUCGCCAACGGUGGAUGUCUGGCCUCUUUGGUCUCCGCCAAAGGUGUAGACUUACCGUGGUCUGUCCGUGCUGCACUGGCUCUGGAUAUAGCCAAAGGCGUAAACUAUUUGCAUUCUCAGAACGUCAUUCAUCGUGAUUUAUCCUCUGUGGUAAGUGCACACUGCAGUUUUCGGGAUCGAUGA